AUUUCUUUAUUUAAUUAAGCAAAAAUCCAACUAAACAGAGUAACCUGGGAAAACAUCACCAAAUAAUUUCUUGUUAAAUAUUUAAAAUUUUCUGUUAAAUUAGUAUUAUGUUUCAGAGGACAUAUAGAUUAUUGUCUUUGGUUAAAACCACCAAUUUACUAGCUAAAACCGAACUUAAUUGCCGACCCUUUGGUGACAUUUCCAUGGGCAGCAAGGAUGACAAAGGCAUUGAUUCCUACCGUGUUAAAUCACUUGAAGUGAGUAAAAGAAAAGAGGCCAGGAUCAUGGAGUUAACCGCACAAAUCGAGGCUUUGCAAGUGAAAAUCAAGGCUAUGCAAAAGUUAAAGUCGGGGGACGCUAAGAAGGCCCUAGAAGAGAUGAACAAGAUCCUGAAGGAUUUAAAAAUUGCCCUCCGAAAGCUAAGAAUGAAAAAUUAAAAUCCUAAAAUAUA